AUGUCGACGUUCAACGGCCUCGUCUCCGAGUUUCCAGACAUCAGAAGUGCCACACCACCAUUGGCCUGCUUUCUCAGCCAUGUUCACAGCGAUCACCUCUCUGGGCUGGAGACGCUGAGGUCUCCGUUAUACCCCUGCCGCGUCAACUAUGCGCUGGGCAUUCUCGAGGCGCGGCAGCAGACUUACAAGCAUCUGAGCAAGGUCAUCAAACCUCUUCCACUCGAGUCUCCCACCGUGAUCGAGCUCCAGCCCGGAAAAUACAUCCAAGUGACGCUAUUUGAUGCCAACCACUGCCCUGGCUCUGUCAUGUUCCUCAUCGAGGGACAAGGAAAAGCGAUACUGUACACAGGAGACAUAAGAAGCGAGCCGUGGUUUGUCAACGCUAUCACCCGGAGCCCAGCUCUCAUAGAGUAUACCUGUGGCAUCAAGACGCUCGACACCAUUUAUCUCGACACGUCCUUCACAGACGACAUUCCAUUCCAGACAAAGGCGGAGGGGAUCGCAGAGCUGCUGCGCAAAGUUCAGAAGUACCCCAAAGACACUGUCUUUUACCUUCAGUCAUGGACAUAUGGUUAUGAAGACGUCUGGGUUGCCCUUUCAAAGGCCCUGAAUUCCCCAAUACAUGUUGAUAACUACAAGCUCCGCAUAUACAAUUCUUUAAACACGCCUUCAGAAGUUCGACCCCAUUCCUGCGCAUACCUUACGCCGACCGCCGCCGCCCUGACCGGCUUCAUGUGCGGGAAUACGCCUCAGCCAGGAUGCCUAACCUCGGACCAGAACGUUCGUCUGCACAGCUGUGAGAGUGGCAACAGGUGUGCAAUUGCAAAACAACCUUCUGUAGUCAGAAUUCAGCCCGUUAUCGCAUCUUUUCCCGAUGGCGGAGUCAUACAGGAAGCUGGAAUAGGAGGCGGGGGUGAAGACUUGGAGCGAGAAAUGGAACUAGGGAUUCCCAGCUGGGGCGACCUUCAAAGCCUUUUGGAAAUGUACGUCCAAGGAACCGAAAUAAAUGCGCUGAACAAUGUGCCAGAAGAGGCUCGUGGCGAAUGUACCCGUGUUCUCACAGAAGCACUCACCAGCGGACGCAACUUGCCACUCAACAUUAACCUAUCAUCUUUUGAAGACGCCUACUCGACCGAUUUGCGACGAGCCAUACUCUCCAUAGCCGGUCGCCAGUCAAAGGCCGCUUCUCCUCGUAAUCUCUCAGAGGACGGCAUUGGAACGAGUUUGCCAAACGUUAUACGAUUCCCAUACUCGCGACACUCGUCUUACGCCGAGCUCUGCCAUUUGGUGGAUGCUUUUCGGCCAAGAGACGUUUGGCCCUGCACGUUCCAUCUCGAGGCUUGGCAAAGCAGAGGUGACUAG